AUGGCAAACGGUGAAAAAAGGUUAAUGCCAGAAGACAGAAUGGAAAAAAGAAAAGUUAAUAAAAGGCGCCAAACCGGUACGGCAAAGGAUGAUAUUGAGCUUUUCCAGUCGCCACCCAGUUCUCCACGCUUAGCACCAAAAUCAUCACAUCUUACAUCAUCUCUGGAAGCACCUUCUCAAUUACAGACACCUUUUUCGUCUCCUCCGACCUCACGACCCCCAUCUCCAAAUCCGGUGGAUACACCGUUAUCAUCCGCCCGUCUCUCAACGUCACUGUCCAAAGAAUCUAGUUAUAAUGUCGCAGUCAUUACCAUUGUCACCCGCAAUCAUAUUUUGUUAAAUGGUGAUUUCGUUGCUCAUGAAUCACCACAACAAAAUAUAAAGAUAAUUUCUCCCAGUUCCCACGUGAAUAUCAUUAGUAGCUCUGUGCCUCCAUGCAUUACUAAUAGCUAUCUCACGAAAUUAUUAUCUCCAUUUUUCAAUUGCAUCCGUACCUUAAAUCUCGCUGGUGGGUCGCGUUCGGACGCGUGUCUCUCAUCCAUCAUACCACAUUGUCAUCAAAUUCAACAUCUUUCACUUGCAUGGAAUACGUCACUUUCGGACGCAUCAAUUAACAAAAUUGCGAGCGUAUGCGGUAAGGGACUGCGCACGCUCGAUUUAACAAAUUGCGAAAAGGUUAGUGACAGGUCGAUGAAUUCCAUUGCGCAAUAUUGCGUAAAAUUGAGAGAAUUGAGGGUUAGUUAUUGUCGUGGGGUUAGUGAGGUGGGGGUGGAAUCGGUAGUUGAAGGCUGCGAAGAGUUGAAAUUGUUGGAUUUGGUGGGAUGCCUGAGUGUCGACAGGGGUUUCUUAUUGAAAUGCAAUGACGAUUUGGAUUUGGUGAGGCGUGACUUAAAAGUCGUCUGGCGUAGGGUGACAGAAGGCUCGCCAGCCUGGGUUGAAGAUGGUUGA